GCCUCCAUCGCCACUGAGCGGAGCUUGCCAUACGCCUUCCUCGUCAUGGACCUCAUCAUCUCCGCCGACAUCUCCAUCGCCGGCCCGGAUACGAAGAUGACAAAGAUUUGGAUCAUCCAAGACAGCACCUUCCGGAAGAAGUCCGUCAAUCGAGCAAUGGACUGGACGCUGCAACGCCAACACCACGACAUGACGGCGUUCUUCCGCGACAUCAACUACGUCCUGCCGCCCUUUGACAGCACCUUCCUCGGCCAAAACUAUGAAGGCGAGGACGAGGAGGAUAACUCCUAUGCUCCAUCCUCCUCCCCCGACGAGGCCGAUUUUGAGGAUGCGGUCGACGGGGAUCCCAUGGACGUUGAGGACGACGAAGAAGACGAUGACGCCGAGGACGAGGAUGCCGCUGCCUAAACUCUUCUUUCUUUUCCUUCCUUCCUAUGAUUGUUUUUUAUUAUUAUUUCCAUUCCAUUGUAUUCCGCAUUUUUUCCUUUUUCAUGAAUAAAAGUUUACUUUUAUACUCCAAAGUUCACUUUUAAUUCUUUUUGUUAAUGUCAAAAGGAGGAAGAUAUCAAGGUUAUGCAUAAAUUGAGGGGGAAUUA